AGCAAUUGGGCAAAAUUUAAAACCUCAACACAGUUCACGCCUCCAGGAAACAGAGAGCCCAGGCCCUCUGUAAGAAGCAAGGAGAAGUAGAGGGGGGCGUUUUAUUUACCAAGCUACGAGAACACUGGUUUAAAGACAAUAUUGGGUCCGGCGUGGUGCUGUGCUGUGUGCUCAGUUUGGUUCCCUGAAAGCUCUGCUCAGCUGCACUUUUAGCGUCUCUGACGUCGUAGGAGAAGCAGGUCAGAUUAACUAUGAUUAAGAAACAUGUCUGUUAAAGAAGACAAUGAAGGGAAAUCGAUCUUUCACCACACCGAUUUGUACGGCAGCAUCGCUCCAACAUGUCUGCCCAUCGUGUACCACCCUGACUAUAACAUCACAUUCAUGGGCCUGGAAAAGCUCCACCCAUUUGACUCGGGAAAGUGGGGAAAAGUCAUCCGCUUCCUGAAAGAGGAGCAGUUCAUCACCGAUGAGAACAUCGUAGAAGCCCGUGAAGCCUCAGAGGAGGAUCUGCUGGUGGCUCACACGAAGCGUUACCUCAGUAGUUUAAAGUGGUCUUUUGUGGUGGCAACCAUCACUGAAAUCCCACCCCUGGUGAUUUUACCUAACUGUCUGGUUCAGCAGAAGGUGCUGAGACCUUUACGGACCCAAACAGGAGGAACAAUAAUGGCUGGAAAGCUGGCUGUAGAGCGAGGAUGGGCCAUAAAUGUUGGCGGAGGCUUCCACCACUGCUCCGGUGACAAGGGAGGAGGAUUCUGCGCCUAUGCUGACAUCACACUGGCCGUCAAGUUUCUGUUUGAGAGAGUGGAAGGCAUCUCCAGAGCCACCAUCAUUGAUCUUGAUGCUCAUCAGGGAAAUGGACACGAGAGAGACUUUUUGGGCGACACCAGAGUGUUCAUAAUGGACAUGUAUAAUCACAACAUCUAUCCCGGGGACGGACAUGCCAAACGAGCCAUAAAGAGGAAGGUGGAGCUAGACUGGGGCACUGAAGACUCAGAGUACCUUCAGAAGGUUGAGCUUCACUCUGAGGGAGCGCUGAACGAGGUUCGUCCUGAUAUCAUCGUCUAUAAUGCAGGGACAGACAUCUUGGACGGGGAUCCCCUCGGAGGCCUCUCCAUAUCUCCACAGGGCAUUGUUAAAAGGGACGAGAUUGUGUUCAGGGCCGCGAAGCAACGAGGUAUUCCCAUCCUGAUGGUGACGUCAGGAGGGUACCAGAAGAAAACAGCAAGGAUCAUCGCUGACUCCAUUCUUAACUUACGUCAGCAGGGUCUGAUUGGAGCCAAAGCUAUGGAGAGGGAGGGAUUGUCACAACUGGUGACCCACUUGACCCAAAGCUCUGGUUCUGCAGGAUCAGCACACACCGCUGUGUGAGGACAGGUGGCCUAUAAGCUAACACUCUUGAAAAUGCACUAAUUUAACUUUAUGAUGUGUAUUUUGUUUUUUUUUCUUCAGAGAUUAAUUAUGAUAUUCUGUAUGCUCGGAAUCUAUGAAAGCUCAACAAUGAGUAUUUGCACAUACACAAUGACUUUGACAAACUUGUACAUUUUAUGUCUGUCGGUUUAUGAAGGUCUAAAGGAAAAAUAGUAAAUCAAUAACCUUCAAUAGAUUUCAUAAGCAUGUGCCAUACAAUGUGUUUGUUGUGCGUUUGGUGGCAAAUCAUUGAAAGGGAAUCUGUCAUCUCAGGAAAUCAAAAAAAACAUAUAAUGUUAGUUGGACUUAGUUAAAAACGAUCAUGGUGGAAGCAUCUUGUUUGUUGUUAUGAGGGUAGAAAGGUUUUUCUCACUGAGACUACAAUAGUUAAUCUAACUGUAACCAGGGAUGGAGUCAAGACCGGUUCUUCUAAUACCAAGGUCAAGGCCAAAUGUUUAGGACGUCGAUAAAUGUUUCAGGACAUUGUUUUGUCGUACACGACAAAAUGCAAUGGAAAGCGGUUAAUUACGCAAGCAAAACUACCUGUUGGAAUCAAACUGCUAAUUAUCAUAAAAUAUAAAUCCUUUUCUUUUUCUUUCUUUUUUGUGUUUGCGUGUGGCCGUCCGAAACAGCAAAUAAUGCGGCGCCGACUUCACACAUGUAACUGUUGUUAUUGUUUGGCCAUGCAGUGGAGGAAAGAUGACUGCAAUCAGAGGUGUUGAUUUUUACAAUGAUUGUUUUGCUUGUUUAUUCAAGUCCAACUGCUCCAAUAUGUGGAGUCUGAAAGCAGAAAGAGCGAUUGGAGGUCAGCUGUUUUACAUCAGCUAUCGCUCCCAAUAUGGAAACACAACCUCCACAUGCGAUUAGCUUAAUUCCCAAUCGACGUCUUUAUUAACUUUACAUUCUAACACGGUAUUUAAAAGUUCUCCAGCCUCUGUCGGUCCACACAAAUUAACUUCCUGACGCCAUGUUUAAUUCCUAACAGGAAGUCCUGGUUGUUUUGAAGGAUUGUGAUUGGCUGACAUAGGUUUUAGCUUUGCCCUGCACUGCCCCCUAGGGGUUUGACAUGUUUAAAACACCGCCCAGUAGUGUAAUUCCGUGGGUUCGUGUGGAUGAAUGAACACUAUUCUUAAACCAGUCAAGUGUGGGCGAGAUUUAUUUAUUUUUAAUUAAUAUCUUUGAUACACUGUUUUAGAAAGACCUGGCUAUGUGUGGACAAGGCCUGAGUUUGUGCCUUAAUUUAAAAGGUUACUUGUGAAGGUUAAACAGUGUUGCACUAAGGUUGCUGUGUCUUUUUGCACUUUUGUCCAAAGGUUGAUGUUAGUUAGUAAAUUAAGGCAUUUCUACUUAUUUUUCCCUUGUGUCACUGCAGGUCUCUAGUAAAACUAGAUGUUGUCCCUUCACCGUUAUUUUCUUUCCCAUUUUAAUUCUUCAUGUGUUUGAAAAGCAAAUGUAGUAAUUUUCUGCAUUCGAAUUGUCGGUGUUUCCUCAGUAAAAGCUGGACCACACAGUAUGCGAACACACAGAAAUCAAAGAGCCAAUGCCGUCCGCUGUAGCUGACAACCACAGGCAGCGGUGUACUUUUUUCUGCCCUCUGAUCAUGUUGCUUUUCUCUGUGGGCGAAGAUAAAAGGGAAUUAAGUUUUUUUUUUUAUUGUGACAAAAAAUGAAAUGGUCUCGAACCGGCCAUGACCCAGUUGGUCGAACAAGAACAACACCAAGUUUGAGCCAAGGACCGUGAAAAAACCAGCCAAGACCGGUCCAUCCCUGAUUGUAACAUUUGUUAACUCAUUCACUAAUGGUUUCAUUUCUGAGAAAUAUUCAAAUACUUUUUUCCUUUGUGUUUAAAAUAAUGGUGUUUCAUUAUGAAUAUAAUGUUUUGUUUUUUAUUCUUUUU